GUAGUGUCCCAAAACUUGAGCAGUCAGCUGGAGGCAGAAAAGAAGACCCUGUGCUCGUGUGGUUGAGUGACUCGGCUUUGUCACAAUACUUGGAAAGAAAAAUCUGAUCGGUGUAUUUAUGACAGAAUUAAAUCCCGUUCCCGAGGAGGCAUCUACCAUUUACUGUAACACCAAGAUGGAUGUGAAAAAGGAGACAUGUGAGGCUGAAAUAAACACCAUGGAGAUAACUAGUGUGAAUAUUAAUGAGGAGGAUUUGAAAGUGGAAUCUGUUCACCCUAAACAGGAAAGUCUCCAGAUUAAAGAUGAGGCUUAUGAACUGGUAACUGUGGGCAUUAAAGAAGAGGCUGAGGAGACGUCCGUCGGCAUUGACACGCACAAAUAUAAAAUCAUGGAACACGACGACGUCAAGUUGAGGUCUAAAUCAUUACAGUCUGACACGGAGACAACUGAGGAUAUUUUGCCUGUUGGAACUCCUGAUGAUCAACCACCACCGACACAUCAGUCUGGAGAAAGAGACAAACCUCACUGCUGUUUUGAAUGUGGCAAACAAUUCUGUCACAAGAGCUCUCUUCAGAGCCACAAAAGAAUUCACACUGGAGAGAAGCCAUAUUGCUGUUUGGAAUGUGGCAAACAAUUCCGUGAGAGUAGUCAACUGCAGCGCCACAAAAGAAUUCACACUGGAGAGAAACCAUAUUGUUAUUCAGAAUGUGGCAAACAAUUCUCGUGUUCCACCACUCUUCAAAGUCACGAAGGAAUUCAUACUGGAAAGAAGCCAUAUUGCUGUUUGGAAUGUGGCAAACAAUUCUGUAACAGGGGUACUCUGCAGAGCCACAAAAUAAUUCACAUUGGAGAGAAGCCAUAUUGCUGUUUAGCAUGUGGCCAGCAAUUCUAUGACAAGAGCUCUCUUCGGAUCCACAAAAGAAUUCAUGCUGGAGAGAAGCCGUAUUGCUGUUCUGAAUGUGGCAAACGAUUCUCACGUAUCGCCAGUCUUGAGACCCACACUAGAAUUCACACUGGAGAGAAACCAUUUUGCUGUUUGGAAUGUGGCAAACAAUUCCGUAGCAAGAGUAACCUUCAGAGCCACACUAGAGUUCACACUGGAGAGAAAUUGGAGAGAAAGAAGAGGUAUUGCUGUUCAACGUGUGGCAAACAGUUUCGUGACAGAAGUGAUCUUCAAAGCCACACUAGAAUUCACACAGGAGAAAAGCCAUUUUCAUGCUGGGAAUGUGGCAAAAGAUUCUGCGACAGGAGGACUCUUCAGAAACACUCCAGAAUUCACAUUGAAGACAAUUGAGAAAGGGAGGGAGAGAGAAAAGCCAUAUUGCUGAAGAGAAUAUCGCAAACAAUUCCCUUACAAGAGUUGUCUUCCAAAACGCAAUGGAGUGAAUUUGGAAAGAGAGAAGCCAUAGCACUGUCCAUUACAGGAGUCUUCGGAGACGCAGUGUAAUUCAUACGGGAGAGAGGGAUCUGCAGAUACACACAUGAUAUCACACAGAGUUGAAUCAUAUUGCUCUUUGGAAUGUGGAAAACAAUUCUAUGAGUUAUCUUCAAAGGCACACUAGAAUCUACACUAAAAAGAAGCCCUGAGGACCGAGUCAAAAGUCAUCCACCUAACUACUCAAAGCUUGUUGACUGCAUUUAUGUUGUGGGCUUUAUUGUUUAAAGUCCAAACUAAAUCUUAUUAAGGCAAACUACUUUUAGGGAACGUAAAACUAGCAGCAGUAGUGCAACAUCUUCUGAUGAACCUUUGUGGUUACCGACUAGAUGGGCAGUGUUGCUGGUUCCACCACUAUAGACCAGAGACUCAUUAAAGCCUAGAUCGAAGGAUUGAGAUUGCAAGUCGUUAACCAAAUGUGCAACAGAUGACAAUGCAGUGUUGUAUGUUAACAUAUUGUGGCCUGCAGGGGGAGCUCCUGUUGUCCAAACCUGACACAGACAGAUGCACACACAUUUUAAAUAUUUUGUUUUUCUUUUUCCUCAUGGGAAAUGCCUUCCCCCAUUUCCCAACUGUAUAGUACAGUUUAAGCACUAGAACACGGCACAAAACACUUUAUUUCUGCCUUUGUUAUUGUAUGCAGCAACAGUUCUUUAAAUAACUUGACAUAUUGGUAUCUCAUGAAUCUGUUACCAUUUAUUAAUGGUUAUGUACUGUGUGGAGCCUGUUAAUGAAAAACUUGUAAUCCCGGCCCACCUUAAAUCCCUUUGGACCUCUCCAUCAGCGUCUUUUGUUUUGUAAA